AUGACCAGAAUUAUUGGCAUUGGAGUCGACAUCCUACACCUCCCACGUCUAGUCUCGUUGACCUCCCGACAUACAUCCGGCUCCUUUCUUGCACCGUGUCAUUCUUUUCUAUUCUUAUUCUAUGCUAGGUGGGCAAUCAAGGAGGCAGCGUACAAAGCUGUGUAUCCUGUCAUGAAACCGACUUGGAAAGAGUUCACGUUCCUGAGGAUACAUGACGACGUCGCGAACUUAAAACCGGUGCUGGAAUAUCGACCGUUGAAGGUCGACCGAGGCGAGCCUGUGGACAACACUGUGAUGAAGAUGCACGCAUCUGUGAGCCACGAUGGAGAAUAUAUUUUCGCCACCGUACUCGCUGAGAGGGUAUGA